CGAUGACGAACACAAACACAGAAGAAGUCUCGUCUCUAGGAGACAGCGAAAGCGUUCCUGCGGAGCAUGUGUGCCGUUCAGAGUGUGGGGAUGCUGCCGGUGGAGCAUCUUCACCUAGAACAUGUUCUGCAGACUGUGUGUGUUUUGGAGUCAGUCGUCUGUCGCAGUUUUGGCCCAGAAGGAGGACAGGUGUUGUUCACACAAGACACCGGACAGGCGAUGUUGAGCCGCAGUGGUGCUCGCAUUCUCACUGCACUGCGACUAGAGCAUCCACUGGCCAGGAUGGUGGUAGAGUGUGCCUUGAAACACAGCACUAAAACGGGGGACGGGUCCAAGACAUUUAUAAUACUGAUGGCGUCAUUACUACGGAUAAUUCAUACAAUGGCCUGCAGGGAGCCUCAUGUGUCUCGCACCUAUAACUCCAAGGCAGCAGCAGAGACAGCCUCUGCCAGGCACUUGGCUGACAAAAUGCUUGCAUUUGCAUCGGAGGAACUGGACAAUCUCAUUGCCGCAGCAGUGGUCCCGUAUGGAUGCUGUCUCUCUUGGGAGGAUUUUACUGCAAAAUCACAAGCACACACAAACAAUCCCUGUGUUCAAAAUCUGCUGGCAUCCUUUUAUCAAUCUUGCGUGGGUCCCACACACAGUGACCUAAUGAGCAGCCUCACCUGUGAUCUGCUCACUUACUGGAAGUUUAAAAAUGACUCACCUUCCUCAUCACUUCACUUUAUAAGAGACAACUUGGAUGCAUUACAUACACCUGUGUCAGGCUUCCCUAUUCGUUUUUCACGUUUGGUUGAGGGGCAAGUCAUUCACAGGGACUUUGCUGGGCCCUACCCGAGGGCCGACCUACAGCCAAUUAAAGCUGUCGUUUUCACUGGGUACCUGCAGCCAAAACUGCUCCGUGCAGGAGAAGUGCUAGAGCUCGGGCGUGGAGAGCAAGGCAAGCAGAGAAAUAUCGUGGAGUUUAGCGCCUGGGCCGAAAGGUCACUGGAGUGUGUCCUUGCGAAUCUGCAGACUUUGGGUGUCUCUUUGCUCCUGUCUGCAGUGAAACAGUCCGCUGCUGUCCUGGCUUUGGCCACGCAGGCAGAGAUGUCCCUUGUGGAAUGUGUCAGUGAAGAUGAACUGUCUCUCUUUGAAAGGCUAAGUGGCGCCACUCCUGUCAGAGACUGUUGGGAGAUUGAACCAGAGCACGUUGCUACUCUGACCUUUUGCAGACCAAUACUGCUGGGAGCCCACAGGUAUGUCCAUGUGGCUUUCCAUGAUUCCGAGGAAAAGAUUACAGUCAAACCUUGUAGUCUGGUUCUUUGUGGUUUGGGGGAAGGGCAAACUGACCAGUUUGCUUGUGCUCUAAAAGAUGCUAUGCGCAUGCUACUGUCAACGUGGGACCCCAUCGGCGUCACUGCAACAACGCCGUCAAAGAGGACCUUGCUGUCAAUCAAAAGCACAUCUUUACAUACCGACCCCAAUGCAGCUCCCCUCAAGCAGUGGGUGUUGGAGCCAGGCUGUGUUAUACCGGCAGGUGGGACAUUUGAGUUUCUCUUAAACAAUGCCCUCCUACAACAUGGCAGCAGUUGCUCAUUAUCUGAUGACACAAAUACGGGCGUCCUUGCUGUUUCCCAGCUCUUGGCAAAAGCCCUGUUGAGCGUGCCAAGACAGAUUUACUACCACAGUCCACGCCGUCUCCUGCAGACUCAAACCACAAUGUUGGGUUUUAUCAAAAAUCAUUCGUAUCAAGAACACAACACAAUCCUCACACAGGUUGGGGGUGAGAGUCAAUGUCAACAAGAGGACGGUACGCUAAGCAAGCCUUGUUGUAGGGAAGCUGAUGUGCCACCAAAGUUUUUAAUGUCAGGCUCAGGCCUCGAGUCCAUCUUCUGUAAAUCGCAGGUACUUUUGGCCGCGCUGCAGUGUGUCUCAAGCCUUCUCCGUGUGGACGCCGUGCUGCACACACACACUGCCUUACACACUCAGUCACACAGACGUGCAAACAUUUCCUGGGCGGGCACAGAAGACGAGGCCGAAGACUGAGAUUGUAUAAUGUCCCAGUAUGGAAUCCAUGUACAAUAACAUUUGAGAUAACCCUCCAGUCUCUACCCUUCUAUUUCAUAUAUGUUUAGUGUUUUCUCGCUAAACCCAUUCUAUAAUAACUCGUGCACUAAGAUAGGCGAUGAAAAGCCACAAGUGUCCACAGAGACAUUACAAAACAACAUCAAGGGAUGACGCCCUGUCUCCCACCACCUCAUCCUGAGGACACUCCCAGCAAACCACUCGCCUUCUCAAAUAUCCCUCUUCCUGUCAGCCAUGGAGUUGUGCCACUGGAGAUGAGCUCACCGGGAGGCGGAGGUGGUUUAAGGACCAGCCUCUGCAGGGGCUUCAUCAGGGGUGAUGUUAGAGCCACUGGUCCGACGCUGUGGAGGUCCUUGAGGGCCCCGGGCCGUGGGGGGUCUUUGGUACCAUGCAGGACACCUUCCACAGCUGUGCAACUCUCUCCAGCUUCAAGCUCAAGUCAAAGAUGAUCCACAAUCUCACACAGCUGGUCAUUCUGUGUUGUGUCUGUAUUUCCCCUUCUCCUUGAGGAGGCUUCUACUGCCUAUUUGUGGAGCAGUUACAGUAAGACAAAAUGCUUUCAGGAGGCUCUAUAUUGGUGCUUUUACGAUCUUGUUCAAGCUCCCGAGAUGGUUGUCGUCAUCAUCAAGUCCUAUGUUAAGGACUCGUAUAUUCCCACCUUUCAUGCCGUAUGAAGGAAUUAUAUUUACAUAUUGAAUGAUUCAAAAGAGGCAAUCAUAACAGCCAUAUCAGCAUGUGGCGUGAUACUAGUUAUUGUUCUUGGAAUAAAUGUCUUCAUUUAAUUUUGUUGUAUCUGUCUUUGUUGCCGUUUACAUGGACUGGUGUGUUCAGAAAUAAAAGUUGAAUUAUAAUGUUUAAAAAAACUUUUUAAAACCAAAGAAACAUCUUUAUCUUUUCUUAUGAGGGAUUGAAAUGUGAAUAUGAGAUGAAUGUUUCACAAUGUUCUACUAAAGGGAUAACGUUUAGUUAAAUGGUGUAGACUGACUUGCCACUCCAUUAGCGUUUUUUGGGUGAUCCAGUUUAGACUGACA